AUGGAUUUCCUGAAAGAGACAGGAUGGAAGAAAAAAGAGGGUAAUGAUAAAGCCAAAAAUGCAGUCAUCACUGGGGAAGAUGAAAAGGAGAAAAUCAGGCGGUGGUACAGCACCCGCAUGAAUCAAACAGUCCAGAGGAUAUUGGUGGCCAUGUCCUGGGUGUGUGCCUUCACCAAUGCAUUGACCCAUACUGUGGCCAUAUCCACACUCAACUUCUGUGGCCCCAAUGUGAUCAAUCACUUCUACUGUGACCUCCCACAGUUGUUCCAACUCUCCUGCUCCAGUACCCAACUCAAUGAACUGCUGCUUUUUGGUCUGGGGAUCCUCAUGGCUGGUGCACCUGUGAUUCUCAUUGUUACCUCAUACAUCCACGUGGCAGUAGCAGUCCUGAGAAUCCGCUCCGCUGAAGGCAGGAAGAAGGCCUUCUCCACAUGUGGCUCCCACCUCACAGUGGUAGGCAUCUUCUAUGGGACUGGUGUCUUCAGCUAUAUGAGGCUGGGCUCAGUGGAGGCUUCAGACAAGGACAAGGGUAUUGGCAUCCUCAACACUGUCAUCAGCCCUAUGCUGAACCCACUCAUCUACAGCCUGAGGAACCCUGAUGUGCAGGGUGCCCUGCAGAGAGUGCUCACAGGAAAGCGAAUUAUGAUGUAA